UGUAGGCGGAUACCAGCCAAGUCGCAGGAACAAACAUCUGUCAUUGAUUGGAUACGGACAAAAACAACAACACACUGACUUUCAAUCCGCAUCCUAAAAUAGCUAUGGGGUUGGUUUAAAAAGAACAACCUAGCGUACCGUAAUAACUCGCAGUUUUAUCCUAAUGAGGGAGCUCCGUCCUGGCUGAGUUUGGGAGAUGGGAGUACUUAACAUUGCAGACCAGCCUCCUCUGGUACAGGCUAUCUUCAAUAGGAAUGCGGAUGAAGUUCAAUCCCUAUUGCACAAAAAAGAGGAUGUCAAUGCACUGGACCAAGAGCGGCGUACGCCGCUUCAUGCUGCUGCCUGUAUGGGUGAUGUUCAUAUAAUGGACGUCCUCAUCGAAUCAGGUGCCAGUGUUAACGCAAAGGACCAUAUCUGGUUAACUCCAUUGCACAGGGCAGCUGCCUCCCGGAAUGAAAGGGCAGUGGGGCUACUGCUGCGACGGGGAGCCGAUGCAAAUGCUCGAGACAAGUUCUGGCAGACACCUCUGCACGUGGCAGCUGCCAACCGUGCCACACGCUGCGCAGAAACUCUCUUACCCCAGUUGAGCAACCUGAACAUGGCAGAUCGCACUGGCAGAACUGCCCUGCAUCAUGCUGCCCAGAGCGGGUUCCAGGAGAUGGUGAAGUUGCUGCUGAAUAAAGGGGCCAAUCUAAGUGCCAUUGAUAAGAAGGAGAGGCAGCCUAUCCACUGGGCGGCCUACUUAGGGCAUCUGGAGGUGUUGAAACUGCUGGUGUCUCGUAGUGCAGACAAGAGUUGUAAGGACAAGCAAGGCUACAGUCCCCUCCACGCGGCUGCUGCCAGCGGUCACAUUGACAUCGUUAAGUACUUGCUGAGGCUUGGAGUAGAGAUCGAUGAGCCAAAUGCCUUUGGGAACACAGCUCUCCAUGUGGCGUGUUACACUGGUCAGGAGGCUGUGGCCAAUGAGCUGGUGAACCAUGGUGCCAAUGUCAACCAGCCCAACAGAAGUGGAUACACCCCUCUGCACCUAGCAGCCGUGUCCACCAACGGGGCGCUCUGCCUGGAACUGCUGGUCAACAACGGGGCUGAUGUCAACAUGCAGAGCAGAGAGGGAAAGAGCCCUCUGCACAUGGCCGCCAUUCACGGACGCUUCACCCGCUCGCAGAUUCUCAUCCAAAACGGUGGGGAGAUUGACUGUGUGGAUAAGUAUGGCAAUACCCCCCUCCAUGUUGCUGCUAAGUAUGGCCACGAGCUGCUGAUUAGCACUCUGAUGACCAAUGGGGCAGACACGGCCAGGCAAGGGAUCCAUGGGAUGUUCCCCUUGCACUUAGCUGUGCUCUACGGGUUUUCAGACUGUUGUCGCAAGUUGCUCUCCUCAGGUCAGCUGUAUAGUAUUGUUUCAUCCAUGAGUAAGGAGCAUGUCCUAUCAGCUGGGUUUGACAUAAACACGCCUGACAACUUGGGACGAACCUGUCUCCACGCUGCUGCCUCUGGAGGAAAUGUUGAAUGUUUGAACUUGCUCUUAAGUAGUGGUACCGACUUGAAUAAGAGGGACAAAAUGGGAAGAACCCCGUUGCACUAUGCGGCUGCCAAUGGGAGGUACCAGUGCACUGUGACCCUGGUGAGCGCUGGCGCUGAGGUCAACGAGCCUGACCGGACAGGCUGCACCCCCCUGCACUACUCUGCUGCCUCCCAGGCUUUCAGCAGAGUGGACAGACAUUUUUCUGGAAGCCAUCAAAAUGAAGAGGAUGGGACAAAGGAGUCUUACUUUUGUUUGGAGCAUUUGCUGGACAAUGGAGCAGACCCUUCCAUGGUCAACUCUAAAGGCUACAGUGCUGUUCACUAUGCGGCUUUCCAUGGCAACAAGCAGAACUUGGAACUGCUGCUGGAGAUGUCCUUCAAUGCACUGGGAGACAUAGAGAGCAGUAUCCCAGUGAGUCCGCUGCAUCUAGCUGCUGACCGGGGCCACUGGCAGGCGCUGCGUGUUCUGACGGAGACUGCGGCCUAUGUGGAUGUGCAGGACGGAGCGGGCCGCUCUGUGCUCUACCUGGCGGCCCAGAGAGGCUACGUCCGCUGUGUAGAGGUCCUGCUCGUCCAGGGGGCUUCAUGCCUCCUCAACGACAACAAACGCAUGUGGACCCCUCUGCAUGUUGCAGCUGCCAAUGGCCACGCAGACUGCCUGCUGAUGAUGAUUGAAAAUGGGGAGGAGGCUGAUCUGACCAAUGUCAUGGACACACAGGGGCAGACCCCUCUGAUGCUGGCUGUGCUGGGAGGCCAUGCUGACUGCGUCCAACUGCUGCUGGAGAAGGGGGCCUGGCCCGACGCCAGGGACAAGCGGGGCAGCACAGCCCUGCACAGAGGAGCCGUGUUGGGUCGUGAAGACUGUGUGACGGCCCUACUGGACCACAAGGCGUCUGUGCUGUGUCGGGACGCCCAGGGCCGCACGCCCCUGCAUUACGCAGCGUCCCAUGGCUACACAGACAUACUCAGUGGUCUGCUGCAGGCUGCCAUGACCUCUGACCCCCUGGACUCUCUGCUGGACCACCAUGAGUACACACCAUUACACUGGGCUGCGUUCAGAGGGCAUGAAGACUGUUUGGAAGUUUUACUUGAGCAUAAAUCCAGCACUCACAAUGAGGGAAAUUCUUUCACCCCACUGCACUGUGCUCUUAUGAAUGGCCACAGUGGUGCUGCAGAGAUGCUGUUAGAAUCUGCUGGCGUUCACAUGAUCAACACCAGAGAUUCUAAAGGAAGGACUCCGCUCCAUGCAGCUGCGUUUGCCGAGGAUGUGGCAGGGCUGCAGCUGGUUCUUCGCCACGGAGCAGAGAUCAACGCCGUGGACCAAAGCGGUCGCUCCGCUCUGAUGGUUGCCUCUGACAAGGGACAGAGUGGCACUGUGGCGAUCCUCUUGCACAGAGCCAAGGCUGACCUGACACUGCUGGAUGACAACAGGAACACUGCCCUGCACCUGGCUUGCAGCAAGGCUCAUGAGAUGUGUGCCUUGCUCAUCCUGGGGGAGAUCCACAACCCCACUCUCAUAAACGCCACCAACAGUGCACUGCAAAUGCCCCUCCACCUAGCAGCUCGUAACGGCCUGGCCACAGUGGUGCAGGCUCUGCUGAGCCGAGGAGCCACAGUGCUGGCUGUGGAUGAGGAGGGACACACCCCAGCCCUGGCUUGUGCCCCAAACAAAGACGUGGCUGACUGCCUGGCUCUCAUCCUCUCCACCAUGAAGCCUUUCCCCCCACGGGACCCUUCUUCCUGCCCCUGCUCCUCUUCCUCCGUUUCCUCGUCCCCUGGUCUCAACUUGCUGAAGCACUGCGGCAUCACCGCUGCCUGCGCACCCCUGCCUAACGGCGGCCUUCACCACGGUUACGUCAAAGACCUCCACGGCACCACGGUGGGCCUGGAUGGGUGUCUGUCUGAAUGAGGCUGAUCCCCAGUCAGUUGCCGUACCAACACCACCACCAAGGGGAGACUCCCUUUAAAACAGGAGUGUAUCCCUGCACCCAUCCACACCCAUGCGCGUGUGUGUGUAUGUAUGCAUAUGUGUAUGUGUGUGAUAGAGAGACCGUGUAGACUUGGUUUGAGGUGCAGUCAAACUUAUAUGCAAUUAGAUUCCAAACCUCCACCUCCCUGUAGUGCUGGAUACUGACUGAGACUGAGCUCUCUAGAAGGUCACCAUUCGUCCAAAAUGGACCCUAGCAAUCCGGACAUCCUAAAUCAUUAAUCCCUUUAAUUAAAGUCAGCACAAGUUUAUAUCUGACACCUGAAAUUAAAGAGAACUGUGUAUGCACAUAGAUCUCUCUUCUUUCUCCAUAUCAUUCAGUAUUUGACAUCAUAUCAUUGACUAGUACAACUUGUGGUGGCCUUGUAGAGUAAUGCACAGCCUUCCCAAAUGAAAGAUUAAAUAGGCGGUGGUAGCAAAGCAUAGAUUAUGAAGGAACCAUACAAGGGAAACAUCCAAGUCUUGUUUAAGAGUGCACUGCUAGUGUACUAAUACAAUCUUGUUUUUUUAUGGUUACAAGAUGUACUUCUGUAGUAUACUUUAAAAUUAAGACCUAAAAUUAUUUGGCAUAAAUUCUCCUUCUGAGAAUUUUGUAACACUGCGUUGACAAAUAUAUCAGCACGCCUCUUUACAAAAGAGAGCCCUGUUUGGGUUUGCAUCAGUUUGUUCCAAAUGGUGACAUUAUUGUUUAAAAAGCAAAUACGUUUUGUUUAAGCUAGGAUGUUGCUAGGCAUAUAAGUUAUUACCAAAGUUAAUCAACACUACUAUGGCUGAAAAUUAUUUAUUAGAGAUGUACUGAGUCAGACAAUAGAUCUUGAUAUAGGCUACCUCUUAAACUCAUUUAGCAGCUGCUUUUACCUUCAUACAGGGCCUAGAACCCCCCCCCCCCCAUCUCUCUCUCUCUCUGUCUCUCUCGUAGAAUGAGGGGGGGGGCUGUAGGCUACUGACUGACUGAACGAGGCCUUGCUCAUUACUAGAUGAAGGCUUAAUGAGUGAUAUCGGCCCACCACACCUUAUAUCAUUUCAUCUUGAAUCUGCACAGCCAAUGAUCCAAUAUUGACAGCAAUGAUCCAAGUGAUCAGAAAAAUAUGCUUGGAAGUGCUCUGAUUAGUGACCUUUGUAUAUUAAGAAACUGAUUCACUUGAUUUGAUGCCUAAAUCUGGUUCUUUGUGCUACUGAAUGGCACUAGCAUUCGACCUGAGGCUCUUGAUAAGUAUUGUAAAGACAUGGCAUUCCCAUUUCCCCCUCCAUCAUACCCAUUUUACUUUGACAAGUUUGGUAUGCAGCUCAUGUAGAUUCUGGUAGUCAGAGAAUGCUCUUCCAUUUUGUUCAUGUACUUUUUAAGCAAUAGGUUAUUUGCUUUCUGGCCUUUUUGAUCGUUAUUGAAUAGACAAUCACUGUCACAAGGGCUUUUGUUUCCCUGGAAUUGUUUUUGAUGUUCACUUUAUUUAAAAAAAAAUGAAAAAAAGAAAGAAAAAGAUCUCAGACUAUAGACAGAUGGUUAAACUUGUAUGCAGGUCUUUUUUUGUUGGCAUUUUUCUGUCAGUACUAGCAAACAUGCACUGGUCCGCCUUUAUGGCAUCUCAUGAAAUGCCUUUGGAACCAUGCCUUCCGUGAAUAGGCCUACAUCAUUACAGUACAAAUGCUUGAUAUGAGAGUAUGUCAAGUCCUAGGAUUGUUCUCUUUCUGUCUGAGCAGAGUAGCAAGGACCACUUGAUCCUGUAAAGUUGCCCUCCCUCCAGUAGGGGUCAGUAAUGUGGUGGUCAGACCACCAUCUGGUGAGAGAACUCCCUUUUUAAUAUUUUCCUCAAUCCUCCUCCUCCUUCUGAAUCCCGUAGGUGCAUCAUAGGAGUCUGAAUUAUUAGGGGAAACUUGGAAUUUAGACAGGGAACCAUGGUGACAUUGUCAUGGCCAGUACAUACCAUUUAGAUGAUCAGGAAUAGCAGAAGCCCAAAUAUGUUACAAUUGGUAUUCCUUUUGUUGAGCAUUUCUGUCUGGUACUAAGUGAAUAUGAUCGUGUUGGACCACUAGAUACUUUCACUUGACUUGAUCAGCUGUAUUCCAUCAGACUAUGGCAAUGUUUUAUCAAUUCAGGACAAUACAUUUUGUAACUAUAUAGAAUGGCACAAUUGUGUAGAUGUUUUAGGUUUGUUUGGCUUUAGAAUGACUGAUAAGAUGACCUCGGUUGUCCAAUACCACAUUCUAUUGAUCUCUAUAUUUCACUGAAAUGGACAAAAAGUAUUUUACCCCUAGCCCAUGUUCAGUCACAGGAACAAAGUGGUUUGUGUUGUUUCACUAUAUUGUGAAAAGGGAUAAAUAUGUAAUUAUAUAGUCUCAGGAGCUGUUGAUCCAGUAAACUUACAGGUAUCUCAUUAAUUUAAACAAAUACCAUUAACACUCUUCAGUGGUAUUCAUCUUAAACAAUCCCACAUAGUUCCAUAAGGCACUUACAAAGUCCAACACACCAUGCAGCACAAUUUCCCUGUGCACGUAUGUGUACGAAGACAGCCUGUGUUUACAUGUUUUUUGCUGCCUAAUUUUAAGAGAAAUAUACAAAAAAUGGUUUAACGGAUUCACUUUUGCUGAUCAAGGUGCCGUUUCCAUAACCCAGAUUCAUUCUGAUGGUGUCCCUCAAUUAGACAGGAGACGGAGCCAUUUCCUCUGGACCUACCAUGUUAUCUUGAGCCACAGGGUUUUUUUUGUGUGCAUAGGGUUUGUCAUUUCUAGAUGGAAAGCUAAUUUGAAUGGACCUGGGAUGGAGAUGUUUGGUGUAAACGAAAAUAGGAAAUGUAUCAUAUGUAUGAUGUCUGGAAAAGGAAGCAAUGAAAAUUCACUUGUAGCAAUAGAGAGGAGUGUGUGUGAAGUGUGCAGCACAAAUAUUGCACUGCCAUUGAUUUCGGCUAAUUCACUAAAUCAUAGCAUAGUUGCCAAUAGAAAACAUGCAGGUUAAAUAUAUGAAUCUUAGGUUACAGUCAUGGCCUAUUGCCAAAACAUGGACACAUCCUUAGUAAAGCAGCAAUGGAAUAUGCAUUUGUUCAAGCAGUUUACAGAUUGAUAUUCAAACUGAGCCAUGAAUUUACUGACUAAAGUGAAUGUAGGUUAGUAUCAGAGCAGAGCUAUAUGCUUUCUCCUGGCAUUGAACUAUUGCUCUUCAACUGUAUUGCUUUGAAAUUUCACAAGUAGCAUGAAAUGGCUUUUAUUUAAUUUUUUUCAAAUUUGCUUCAUAAUGGAAUUAGUCUUCCUGCAGUGGGGAUUUGGAUAGUUAACAAUGUACAAAUGUAUAGGAUAAUUCUCAUUCAUUUCCCCCCCAAUAGCUUAACAGUCAAUUAAGCAUUAUAUAUUUGUAGCUAGUUGUUUAGUCUUUGGUGUCAUAACUAAAUUAAUAACUGUUUGUGUAAAAGGUAACAAGUCAGGAGGUUAUUGGAUUUAACGCUCAUUUCAUCAAUACUUUUGAGAUUGCCUUAUAGUGCUUUGUAAUGAAAAUAGGAUCACAGUAGAUUACAUCACAUGGACAGCCUAUUUGACUAAAUGCACCUACAGUACAUCCAUUUAGUGCCAUAGAAACCUUUGUUUGCCUUUACAACAUGAAUCAUAGUAACGUAAUGGUCAGAAACACAUUUGGAACCUGCCAGGAGUAGUUUUAUUUUUUAUUUUGUCUUGAGCAUAUUAGAUGUUUGGAGCUGCAUGUCUGUUUUUCAGUAGUUAGGCUAUGGUAGUGCAAGGUGGGGACUGUAAAGCAAUCAAGAAGGGUCGCAUGAAUUAGUAAAUGGAUGCAAUUGUUUUGUGAAAGUAGAUGUUAGGGACGUGUAUUUGUAGUCGGACAGUGCUGGAGGGAGGAGAAAAAGUCUUGCUUCAUGGUGUGGGCAAAACAAUUCUAAUGAUUGUAUGUUUGUACAGAGGUUUGUAAUUGGUGUAGUUGGUUUUGUAGGCGAAAUCAUGGUGAAUGACAUAGAUUUGCCUCAAUUGAAGACUCUCUUCUUACUUGAAAUAACGUUCCUAUAAGGCAAAUUGAAUUUUAAUUGAUUUCAUCCACUGUUAAGCCUUUUGCCUUAAAAUGCUUAAAAGUAAACGAUGUCUCGCUGUACGUAAUAAGUUGCAUCACCUCAAGAGUUAGGCCUUCAUGUUGGGUUGCUCAAAUCUUGGCUAAUUUGGCUCUUAAAGACAUCUAGUGUCCUAAAGCACACAAAUCAAUGUAGGUAGCACAAAGCGCAAGGUUGCCAUGGUGCAGAGAUUGUUUUGGGAGGUUAGGAUUUUGCCAUAUUUGCCACUGUGAAUGAGUGAUUGAGAUUUCAGUGAUUAUCAAUCAAGGCUGGCUUGUCUAUAUAAUAUACCAAACCAAAUAACAUUGUUGAUAGCACUGUACCUCAUAAUGACCACAUAGAAAGAAAAGGGUAUUUUAUCAAACUGUCAGUGGAGUAAUAGCUCUGCCUAAACUAGACUAAACCUACCUAGCUAGAAGUGUUCAAAGUGUCAGAUGUCUAACUUAUUAUGUAGCCUAAUAUUUACCAUGGGCAACAGAAAUGCACCUUGUACUUUCAUUGGACCUGCAAUUUUACCUCAUUUACAGUGAUAUUGACAAUGAUAGCAUACAAUAUAUGAGAAUGUUACUAUAGCAGUGAUCCUGUGUGAUUUUGCUGAAGCCAGUAGUUUAGACCUCUGUUGUAGUAUGCGUCUAUGAUUGGACCCGACAUAAGCAUGAUAGUGCAGUACUAUACACAUACUAGUCAAUUACCCUAUUUCAAUACCCAAAAGCAUAAUGACAUGGUCUGAAUAAUACAGUUGUGUUUUUCCUGACCACACGUCAGUCAUUAUAAUAUUACAAUCCCCUCGUGGGAGUGUAGGGGAAGUGCUAUGAAGUAGCAUAAUUGGGCCUCCAGAAGUCAGUGAAAGUGGUGGUAUUUUGACUUCCUCACUAAUGUGCGUUUGUCCCUCCCACCCCCCACCCCAUCUCACGGAGCUGUGUGGAAACCAGCUCAGCGGUGGCAUGGUGCCUUCUAUUUGUUACUACCGUAAGGUAUGGUCUUCCAUUUGUACUUUCCGGAAGCCUUAUAAACUAUAGUGCGCAAGAAUAUAUAGGAUCAUCCCUCUGAACAAAAUCCUCUCUGCCCUACAUGAUGUGAUUAACACCUUGUCUAAUUUUACGUGACACGUGUUAUUUCCUGAGUCAGAGUUGUGACGUGACUUGACUGGACCUUACUGAGCAUUAGCCAAUCUGCUGUUGGAGACACCUAAAUUGGAGGGGUGGGGUGAUAUUUGAAAGCACAAAUCCAAAGAUGGCACCUCCUGGCCAAGAUGGCUUUCCCAGAUCCAUGGAAUCCAAAGCCAAGGAAGUUUAGAUAUGUGAGCAAAGCAUCAAAGCAUGAGUUUAAUUGUCAGUAACACAGUACUGUAGGGUCACACAUAUUUCAGCAUAUCAAUUCAGAUUGUUCUUCUCAACUCUUUUCUAUUCAUAAAUGACUAGUAAUUGUACAGUGCAGUCCAAGUAGUGAAAUCAUUAGGUACGAUCAGCAUAGUGAUAAUGAUUAUCUGUUGGUUGUGACUGUGUUGCAGAUUGAUUGUGGAGAAUGUUUUUUGUGUUUUUAGGCUAGAUAUACUGAUUAAAAAGGAUUCUGUAUUAGGUGUGUGCAGUGUUAACAGUGUUAUCAUACUAUCUAUAGAAGCAAUGUAACAUGUUGUCUUAUAAUGGCAUUAAGGCAUGAAUCAUCCUCAUGGGCUGACCUUUUGAAAUGGACAUAAUAUAUAAGUGCAAUAACCUCUCUUAUCUAUGUUUCAUUAGGUAAACUAUAUGCCCUUUUCUUCACCUGAAGAUGUAAUCUCAUACUAAACAUCUCCCUAUUCCCAAGAUCAAAACAGCAAUAGCUAAGGGAUGAGAUUACAGGGGAUGAGGUCCCAAUACACAUUUAGUAGAUAAAAUUGCAUUGAAAGGCUAGUAUCUGUGGAUUGGGGUCAAAUAUCACUGAGUGGCAGCAGCCAUUAGAGGCAUGGUGUGUGUUUGAUGAUGGAUCCAAAUGGACGGAUGCUUUGACAUUUUUGUCCCAUUGUUAACUUAGUGGCACUAUAAAUGUUUAUCCUUAAUUGAAACUUGCUAUUAACAAUCCCUUUUGAACUGGACUGAUACACGCAUUGGUCUGCUAUUGGUCAUCUUAUUUCCAGCAGAUGAAACUGAUAAGGAUUACAGAUGAAUACCGCCUAUGUCAUGAUGGUUGUCUUAUCUGUGUAAAUACUAUAGAGCCCUCCUCAGGGGGGGACUUUGAGUCAGGGCAUGUGAUCAGUUACAAUCUAUUUUUUCACAAUGCACCUUGAAUAGAAAAGGAACAAAAAAAAACAAUAUUUGGCGUGUCCAAACAUUCCAAAACAUUUUUCAUCUUGAUCUUUGGGAUAAAAGCUAUUGCUAGUCAGUGUACUGUCCUUUUAACGCUUGGCAUAUAUGAAUGUGUGCCAAUGACAGGGUUCCCUAUUUCACUUGAUUACCUCAUUUACACAUCUGCAAAUUAUAUUCUACUUUGUGUGGAGGAGACAAUGCGAUCACCAGCAUGGUCUCAACCUGAGAUGACAACCGGACCAAUGAUAUAACUCCUUUUAGAAAUCAGAAAAUGGAAAUAUAGAUUCUUCAAAUUCAUAUAGUGCUAAUGAAAAUAUUAGUUUUUAACGAUCAUGUUUGGAUUUCAUGCUGUUUUCAUCAGUAGCAUUUCUCCUACCUCCUUGUUUUGCAGCUUUGUGUGUUGAAUUAGUUAGUUUGUGUGUUUCCACCUGUUUGACGGAAAACAAAUAUAGCCUAUACAUUAUGGGAUUAGAGUUUAUCAUGAACAAUGAUAAUUAUACAUAAUGAAGUGUGCUUGACUGUACUGUAUGUAAAUGUGUCUAAUUGACGUGAAAUUAUUUAUGAAAAGCAUUUAUACAACAAAAUACCACUGGAAUGUGAAGCCAGAUUCUGUUCUAUGAUGAGCGUCUCUCCCCUUUAACAUUUGAUGCAUGGCCAAAACCAUAUUUUUCAUCCUUAUUUAACAGUGCCCAUCCCUUUUAGACUUCUUUUGCAUAACCAAUAUUCCUUGUUGUGCCCUAAAGAAUUUAUCAAAAGUUUACAGCUUCAUAGAAUAUGGGUGUUUGUUGGGUUAGUUCUUGCAUACAGCUAGUGUGGUACAUCAACACCUGUCUUAAGGUCUAGCCUAUGAUUUGAGCUGGUUUUGAGGUGUGUUAUGGACAUAUUAGGGUGAAUAGUAUCCCCUAAAACCAUAUGCCUUCAAAAUCAUCACUCCAAAACCAAUUUUUAUAACAAAAUGUUUCCCAAAUGCCCGUAUAAUUCCUGCUUUAAUUCUUACAUUUCUAUGGAUUUGGGACAUGGUGAAAGGUUUGCAGUGUCCGACCAGACAACCCCCAACCCAUCCUCAGCCUGGUUCCAAAUGCAUAUAUUCUCUUUAUCUUAUUACCAAUGACCCUAUAUCAAUGUCAACCAGAGUUUUCUAGUUAGUUCACUAAGGCACACUUCUGUAAGCAGGAUAUCCCAGACAAGGACAGGAACAGUCUACCCUAUGGCUUCCACCCACUCUUCGCCUAAACCUCAAGCCAUUCAUUACUUUGUUUGACAAUGCAAUCCUGAAAGCACUUUGCCUUGUUAUUCCUUUGUGUGAACAUGUGAAUGAUAAUUUGUUACAAAAUGCUACAGAUAUGUGUAUGAUCAUUCACAGUUUUGGAAAAACCUGCAUCUGUCUUUCUGACAUUAAAAGAAAAAAAAAAUGACGUUAAACUUAAUUCUAUUUUAUACAAUGUUUGCUGCAGCCAAUUGGUCUUGUCUUUCAGUAUUGUGGCUUAGGGUUGUUUGUGUUCAAUAAAUUGCUAUUGCUAAGUAUU